AAGUGACGGCCAUAUUUGCCGGGUGCCGUUGCUGUAAACAAAAAGUGAGAGACAGACGCUUCACUGAAUUUGAUUUUCAGGUCAUUUUAUUUCUUUAAUUUACAAUGUCUCUGGGAAUGUCUUACAAACCCAAUGUCCACCAGCACAUUCCAGGAACUUCUGGGAACCAGGUUGGAAACAUUCCGUCUCCGUCAGCAGCCAACUUGGCCACGUUGCAGUCCUACAGGCCGCUGGUGAACGAUGUUUACGCGCCACCCUCCUUGGGCUUCACACAGGGAUCCAGCAGCAGCCAGGUACCCCAGAGUAAGUAUUCAGAGCUGCUGGCCAUCAUCGAGGAGCUAGGGAAGGAGAUCCGGCCCACCUACGCCGGCAGCAAGAGUGCCAUGGAGAGAAUAAAACGAGGUAUCAUCCAUGCCAGGGGACUGGUGCGGGAGUGCUUGGCAGAGACUGAGAGAAAUGCCAGGUCCUAGCUACAGAAGCACUACCCUCUCCUGUAGAAGAACCAAUACUCUCACUCACCAUGUCAAAGACCACUGCAUGGCACAUCCUCUAAAAAGAGGAAUGGAAAACAAAAUAAGGGAUGGUUAAAAAGGUCAAGAAAAUGUUUCAGAAAGGUUAAGAUUUGAGAAAAGGAGGGAAAGGGGACACUAGAAUAGAAUUCAGAAUUCAACGGAUUUGGUUUUUCUUCAUGCCCCGUUUUGGGGUGACAGUUUCCUGACUUCAUAUUUAAAAUUAAUAGUAAUUUUUGCAUGCAAACAUAUGGGUCAAUCAUGGCCUUCAGUUAAUUGUAGACAUUGCAUGGCUUGUACCGGAUUAGACUAGGAGAGGAACACUUUUUGGUAGAUGUUGGUCUGAAUUCCAGACCCUUAAUGGUUGAACAAGUGAAGGACAGAAAUGUGCCAAAUACAUUUGUUCAUUCAUGUUGAGGUUCUUUUUGGGAUCAAUAAUGAAAAUGCUGUUACUUGCAUCUUUGUAUGUAUUUAUUACUUGUGUAAUAAAAUGUAUUUUCAAUACAAA